UUUGUGAAUGGUUGAAAUCAUUGAGAUUUCCUGAUGGGUAUGUCUCUAAUCUUGGGAGAUGCGUCGAUAUGAAGGAAUUCAAAUUGAUUGGUUUGAAAAGUCACGAUUGUCAUAUAUUUAUGGAAAGACUUAUUCCAAUUGCUUUUAAGGAACUCUUACCAAAUUUUGUAUGGGGUACAAUUACGGAGUUAAGCAUUUUCCUUCAUGAUAUUUCCUCAACAGUUUUGAGAUAUUCACAGAUGGAGAAGUUAGAAAGAGACAUUCCAAUUAUUUUGUGUAAUUUAGAAAGAAUCUUUCCACCUUCAUUUUUUGAUUCAAUGGAACAUCUUUUGGUUCACUUGCCAUACGAGGCCAAAGUUGGAGGACCAGUCCAUUUUCGAUGGAUGUAUCCAUUUGAAAGAUUUUUAUAUCAUUUGAAGAAAAAAGUAAAAAAUAAGGCACAUGUUGAAGCCUCUAUUGUUAAUGCAUACAUUGUGGAGGAAGUAACAACUUUUGCAUCGUAUUAUUUUGAGCCUCACAUUCAGACCAAAAGACGAAGACCUGGAAGAAAUGAUGAAGGUCCUAUUGAUCCCAAUACGAACAUAUUCUCAAUUUUUAAUUAUCUUGGUCGACCGAGUGGACAAUGUAAGCAAAGAUAUUUAACUGAUCAAGAAUGGCGAGCAGCCCAGACAUAUGUUUUACUUAAUUGUCCAGAAGUAUCACCAUAUUUCGAGAUUUUUCAAAACUUGUAUUCUGAUAUGCCAACACUAGAGUUUGAUCGUUUCUGCGAUCAAGAAUUUGCACCUUGGUUCAAAUCAUAUGUAAGUAAUUUUUACCUUGUAUUCUAAUUUACCGUAUUGGUAUAGUAUAUUUUAACUGAAUAACAUAUUCAUUUGAGUUUAGGUUUAUGAUAAUCAAGCUCAUCUCGAACAUCAAAUGUUAUUUCAUCUAUCUUGGGGUCCAAAAGCAAUGGUACGCACUUGGCCAGCAUAUUUUAUAAAUGGAUAUAAUUUUCAUACUCAAGAAUAUGGAAAAGGGAAGACUACAAUGAAUAGUGGGGUAUGUGUU